CUCCCGGUCUCUGCUAAGGAACUAGUCCUUUCUGAGCUCCCGGAGAGCGGGAGGCCGAACCCCCAUUGACUUGAUAAGCUCAUGGGACCGACACGGGACUUGGCCCCUGCAUUCCUUCUCAGUCUUCAAUGCCUCUCGCGGUGAGAUGAGGGCUACGCUGCCUGUGGUUGUGGAGGAGCUUCUGAGCGAGAUCGCUUCCACCUGCAGGGACCUGGCCAAAGUGCCUGAUGAACUCCUAUUGGCGUUGAAAUUUCUGUUUGGCCCUUCUGCUGUCCAGGCUUUGGAUCUUGUCGAUCGACACUCUGUCACCCGGAUCGCCUCUCCUAGCGGGAGAAUCGUCUAUCAGGUGCUCGGGAGCUCCGGGAAGGUGUACACGUGCUUUGCCUCCUGCCAUUACUGCUCGUGCCCGGCCUUCACCUUCUCCGUGCUUCGGAAGAGCGACAGCCUGCUGUUUCAGAUCUUCCAGAAUCUUCAGAGAUGCUGGGCAACCCCCAACGCUCGCCCCAAACCCGGGGAACUCUCCUCUUCUCCCACCUUCCUGUCCAUGGCAGCGCCACCUCCUUGGCGGUCUUUGGCCUCUCGGCCCGCAUCCCCAUCGCCCGACCAUCCUUCCUCUGGGAUUCAGCAUCUUCCGUCCCGUUCCGGUAGAGCUCCACCCUGUUCGAGACUUACCAGCUGCCACUGGAUUACGGUAACAACCACUUUGCCCAGCCUUCCCGAGGCCAGACUCUCCCUGCAGAGAUCACCCAAACAUCCCUCCUCUCAGAAGCCUACAGUGGCUAUUAACUGUCUCAGGCCAAAUCCCCAUCCCUAAUGAUGGCAAAAAGCCCACGGGAGUUGUUCUGGGUUCUGCCUUCCAGAGGAAGGAAUUCAGUGAUGAGGAAACAAGUAGCCACCAGGGACUGUUUGAAAACAACUUCCAGGGUCCAUUCUAGAGUUCUCAAUCCAGCCCGUAAGAGGCAUCACCGAGAUUCUGAAUGCUGACCUACCCUCGACCCUCCCAAGGUCAGCUGUCUUCACUGGGCCAGGGUUAGGCAGUGGCUGCGGAUGUUUUAGAAACACUCUGUGGGAUCCUGGGCAAGUCACUUAACCUAUUGCCUAGCCCUUACCAUUCUUCUACCUUGGAAACUACUUUGUAUCGAUUCUGAGAUGGAAGGGACAGAAUGGGGUGAGGGAGACAGAGACAGAGACAGAGACAGAGACAGAGAGAGAGACAGAGAGAUAGAGAGAGAGACAGAGAGAGAGAGAGAGAAGGAAGGAAGGAAGGAGGGAAGGAAGGAAGGAAGGAAGAAAAGAAGAAAGGAAGGAAGAGAAAAAGAUAGAAAUAAAGAGCGGGAAAGGGAGGGGGAGAGAGGAAGAAAAGAAGGAAGGAAGAGAGAGAAUGACAGAAAGAAAGAAAGAAAGAAAGAAAGAAAGAAAAAAGAAAGAAAGAAAGAAAGAAAGAAAGAAAAAAGAAAGAAAGAAAGAAAGAAAGAAAGAAAGAAAGAAAGAAAGAAAGAAAGAAAGAAAGAAAGAAAGAAAGAAAGAAAGAAAGAAAGAAAGAAAGAAAGAAAGAAAGAAAGAAAGAGGAGAGGGAAAGAGAAAGAAAAGAAUAAAAGAAGGAAGAGAAAGAAAGAAAGAGAAAGAAAGGGAGAGGGAGAGAGAGGGGGAAGGGGAGAGAAAGAGGAAGAAAAGAAGGAAGGAAGGAAGAAAAGAAAGGAAGACAGAGACAGACAGAAAGAGAAGAGAGGGAGAGAGAAUGAAAAGAAGAAAGGAAGGGAAAGAAAGAAAGACAGAAAGGAAGGAAGGAAGGAAGGAAGGAAGGAAGGAAGGAAGGAAGGAAGGAAGGAAGGAAGGAAGGAAGAGUAUUGCAUUCAGUCAAGCCAAGGAUUCCAAAUUCUGGUCACUGGUUAAGAAGGAUCAUUGAUAGAUAAUAACUUUGGAAGUCCAUGACCAUUUGGGCACACCCAUCUGACUAGUUUCAUUUCCUGUUCCUCUCCAAUCUCAGAUCUCAAUGACAUCCAGGCAAACAUAAGUAGAAAGACAGACAGAUAGGAUAAAGAGAGAGCAAAGGAGGGAGAUGGGAAAGAAGGAAACAAGAAAAGAAGUGAAAGCAUUUCUUUAACUCUAAGCUAGGUGGCGCAGUGGAUGGAGUACCGGGCUGAAGUCAGGAAGACUCAUCUUCAGGAGUUCAAAUCCAUCCUCAGACACUUCCUAGCUGUGUGACCCUGGGCGAGUCACUUCACCCUGUUUCUCUGUUUCUUUAGCUAUGAAAUGAGCUGGGGAAAGAAAGGGCAAACCGUGCCGGUAUCUCUACCAAGAACACCUCAAACCCUGUUGGACUCAGUUUCCACUCCUUUAAAAUGUGCGGGAGAAGGAAAGGGCAAACCGCGCUGGUGUCUCUGCCAAGAAAACCCCAGGUGGGGUCACCAAGAGCCAGACAUGAGCGAAAUGACUGGACGGCAACAAAAACAGACUGCAGGCGCUUUCUUCCCACACUCCACCCUUCCCUCCAUCCCCUUCCUGUCUAAUGCUGGGUUCUUGAUUGCUAUGACUGUGAGGCUGAGCUUCCCCUCUCCAGUAGCUGUCCUUCAAUUAAUCCUAAGAUCCAAGGGCUGGGCCGGCCCCACAAUGGUGAAGAUUCCGCUCGUCUCCAAAAGGCUCUCUUAACAAACCACUAACUGUUAGGCUGCAGCGAGCGCCUGGCUGCACCCAGGCCGUGUUUGUGACUGGCUCUGUUAGUAAACACACAUGCCCAGACAGAUGCUUCUUGUCUGCGAGCUCAUCAGACCCUUCUCUAUAGGAGAGAGCCAGGCGAGCCAGGAAUACUCGCGGGACCCCCUGCCCCCCCCCCCCACCCAGGGAAAUCCUGCCCUCAGUGGGUCCAAGAAAGGCUCUGGGGUGGCUGCCCUCAAGGGGCUUAGGCUGUCGUGGCUGAGGCAGAGGAGCGUCCCUUCCCUGCCAAACUGAAGUGCUAAAAGAUACCAAAGUCCCCUGGGUGGCCCACAUGGCUGAAGCCAUCCAGUCUGGCUGGAAGCCCAAGAAUAAUAAUCAAAUCCUGGCAGUUGACGUUCUUCUCCAAAGCACCUUUGGUGGUGUUUUUAGUCAUUUCAGUCAUGUCCCCAUUUGGGGUUUUCUUGGCAGAGAUCCUGGAACAGAGGAAGUUAGGUGGCUUGGUGGAUAGAGAGCCAGGCGGGGAGACAGGAGGUCCUGGGUUCAAAUCUGGAGUUGGAUAUGUCCUAGCUGUGAGCAAGUCACUUAUUCCCAAUUGCCCGGCCUUCUCUACUCUUCUGCCUUGGAAGUACCACUUAGUAUGGAUUCUAAGACAGAAGGUGAGGGGCUAAAAAACGAUCCUGGAGAGGCUUACCCCUUUCCUUCUCCAGUUUAUUUGACAGAGGAGGAAACUGAGGCAAACAGGAUCAAGAGACUUGGCAAUUGAGGCUGGAUUUGAACCUUGGGUCUUCCUGUCUCCAAGCCUGACAUUCAAUCCACUAUGCCACCAAGCUACCCCUCUGUAGAAACAGUCAACAUGCAUUAUAAAUGCAAAUGACCCUGGGAAGACCUGAUUAUUCCCCAUUUUACAGAUGAAGAAACUGAGACUCAGAAACAUUAAGCCCCUGUGCCCAUGGCCACACAACUUAUAUUCAUCAAAGGCAGGGUUUGAACCCAGACCAUCCUGACACCCAGUCCAGCUCUCCCUACACCACACCACAUUGUUCCAAAGAAGCAAAAAAAAAAAGCACAAAACAAGGCAUGGUUCCAACUAGCCAUUGCUAGUGUAGAAUUCAGUUCAUCAAUGAUCAGUUGGGAUGGGUAGGAGACUGUAAGCUCCUAGAGGGCAGGUGGAAACUCUUUCUGCUUUGCUCUGUAUCUCCAGCCCUCAGCACAGUGCCUGGCACAUCCUGGCACAGCCUAAUGAAGCUUACUGAUUGGCUGACCACUUGAUGGAGGGGGGCAGAAUCUCAGAGGCCUGUAAGCCCAGGAGCUCUGAAGCUGGGAUCUACAAUCCCACAAUGCCCAAGGGCUCCACCAAGGGACUCCAAGGAGAAAACGAAAUCUUCAUUUCAACAUAUUUGGUUAAGAAUUCCUAGACAAGUCCAACCUGUGCCUAGAUAAGAUUCUCAACAAGUGAUUAUCCAGUUUCUACUCCUCCCCCCAAGGAUGGGGAACUCACUACCUUCCCAGAACAAUCAUGAGAAAGGGACAUCCAGGUGGCACAGCAGGUAAAGUAUCAGGCCUGGAGUCAGGAAGACAGGUUCAAACCCCAGCCUCAUAUACUCCCUAGCUAUGUGACCCUGAGUAAGUCACUUCACCCUAUUGGCCUCAAUUUCCUCAUCUGUAAAAUGAGCUAGAAAAGUAAGUGGCAAACCACGCCAAGAAAACCCCAAAUGGGGUCAUGAAGAGUUGGGCAUGACUGAAAAACAAAUGACUAGUUCAAUACUUCCACCCAACCAUUUUACACUUAAGAAAAACUAAGGUUCAGAUGGAUUAUGGGGCAAUCUGGGUGGUGCCACAAGACAUAGAGUACUGGGCUUGGAAUUGAGAAGACUUGAAUUCAAAUCCAGCCUCAGACACUUACUAGCUGUGGGACACUUCACCUCUGUUUGCCUCAGUUUCUUUAUUUGUAAAAUAGGAAUAAUAAUAGCAUCUACCUCUCAAGGUUGGUGUGACGUUCAAAUAAGAUAAUUGUAAAACAUUUAGCACAUAGUAGGCAUUAUAUAAACAUUAGUGGUUAUCAUUAAGUCAUCCAAAGUUACACAGGUAGUAAGUGGCAGAUCAAGGAUUUGAACCCAGGUCUUCUGUCUCCAACUCCAGCACUCUUUCCUCCAGACCUGGAUGGACCAGACUCCCUCAGAAUUAGACACUCCAAUUGUCUUUCUAUUAAAGUGAGUCUAGAAGGAGCCACUGACCUAAGAGGAAGCUGUUCCAAAGGAGCCCUGGAGGCACGGUCCAGAUGUUUGUUGAUGCCUUGUGCCAAAUGGCAAACACCUCAGAGCAACUUUUAUUUGAACUGGGGAGGGGGUGGAGGAUGUUGGGUUCUUGCCUGCAGGUGAAGGUAAGUUUACGUUUAUAAUCCCAGAAAACAACUUCUUCCUCUGCCAAAAGCAUAAAGGUCUCUUCCCUUUUGCUGUAGUUUCAUCUUCCUGAGUUCAAAUCUGGCCUCAGACACUUACUAGCUGUGUGACCCUGGGCAAGUCACUUAAUCCUGCUUGCCUCAGUUUUCUCAUCUGCCAAAUCAGCUAGAGAAGGAAAUUUAACUCACUUCAGUAUUUUUGCCAAGAAAACCCAAAUGGGGGGCACAAAGAGGCAAACACAAUUGAAUAACAAUAACACUUCCCUUUUCUUCCUGAGGGCAGCAGUAGCUUUCUCAGCUAAAUAUAGACCACUAGUUGGUCUGGGAACUGCAGUGACAUUGUCAGAAGAGACAAAGAAAGCCCUAGGAGCAUCACUCAGGUGGUAUCCAAUGCCCUUGACUGCAAAUCUAUCUUGAUGACCCAAUCAGGAUUCCAUAUUGAUAAUAGUUUCCAUUCUUAGUUGAGUGGUCCCAACCAUCUAUCCAUCCAUCCAUCCACCCAUUUAUUCAUCCAUCCAUCCAUCUAUCCAUCCAUCCAUCCAUCCAUCCACCUAUUCAUCCAUCCAUCCAUCCAUCCAUCCAUCCAUCCAUCCAUCCACCUAUUCAUCCAUCCAUCCACCCAUUUAUUCAUCCAUCCAUCCAUCUAUUCAUCCAUCUAUCCAUCCAUCCAUCCAUCCAUCCACCUAUUCAUCCAUCCAUCCACCCAUUUAUUCAUCCAUCCAUCCAUCCAUCUAUCCAUCCAUCCAUCCACCUAUUCAUCCAUCCAUCCACCUAUUAAUUCAUCCAUCUAUCCAUCCAGUCAUCCAUCCAUUUGUCCUUCCAUUUAACCAGCGAAUAUUUACUGAGCAACCACGAUCAGGAAGACAGUAACUACAAAAUAACAUUCAAAACUAAGCUCACAGAAUGGAGCAAUUUGAAGGGGACUAGGAUUGAGGCAGGAUCCUCUCCCAGCAGGGCUACUGGCCUGCUACCCAAAGACUUAUCUAGGGGGUUGGGAUCAGGUUUUGGGAACACUGGCUCAUGUUACCCCCAGAUCAAUCAACCUGCACUGCUUAAGUACUUAUUCUGUGCCAUGUGCUGGGCUAACUGGGUGGUCUUACUCAAAAAAUAGUUAAAAAAAAUAGUUCCUGCCCUCGAGGAACUUGUUAUCUCAUGGGGUAACUAUGUGGAGUAGUGGAGAGAGUGGCAAACAUGGAAUCAAAAAGACCCAAGUUCAAAUCUAGAUUCAGACUUACUAGCUGUGUGCCCCUGGACAAGUCACUUCACCUCUGCCUCAGUUUCCUCAUCUGUAAAAUGGGGAUAAUAAUAACCUCCCAGAGUUGUUGUGAGGAUCAAAUGGGAUAAUAAUUAUAAUGUGCUUGACAUAUAAGUACUCUAUAAAUGUUUACUGAUAUUAGCUAUUAAAUGAACACAUAAACGAUAUAUACAGAGUCAGUGGCAGGCAACUUUGGAGAGGAAGGCACCAGCAGUCAAGACUGACUCGCACCCAAAAACCUCAUUCCAGAUUUUACCAGAAACAGUCUCUUUUCUGUGAAGAUUGGAUUUGGCUAUCUCCUGAUCAUAACAAUGAAGGUACUUAGCUCUUCCUUUAUUGUGAAUAUUAAAUUGUAACCCCCUGUCUAUUUUUAGAUUUUAAUCCCAAAAGUGUUAACUCAGUAUUUAAAGUAGAUCUAAUUUCAAAAAGGUGUUAACUAACUACAAAAGGUGAGAACACCCUUUUCAUAUAUUGAGUGGGCAGUCCUGGAGAGGAGCAUCUGCUGUAACUGGUAGAUGUAAAAUUUAGGGGAGGUGACACAAGAGAAAAAGGUCUUUAAAUAGAGGAAACAGAGACACAUAGGAUCAAUCGAUAGCUGGACUAGAUUUCAGUCACUUGGAGUUGGACUGGGACACAGUCACUUGAGAAGAGACUGGAAGACAGACACUCAGACUUGGGGUGAAGACACGUGGCUGUGAAACUGGAACCCAGGAGGAGCUUGUGUAGGAGACCUCAGACUGCUUUCCUUUUAGAAGGUCACCAUGGUGAGUGUAAAGGCUGACUUAGUUUCCUUGUCCUUCUGGAGGUGUGAACCUCUGAGAAAGGCCCAUCGUCUUGAGACUCCUUUCCCCUGGCUGGGGCUUAGAAUUUCUACCUGUCUGUAAGAAAGCCAGAGCUUUCUCCCUCUCUCUCUUCCCUUUUCUCUCUUCCUUAAUAGCUUCCCUCUAUUGUAAAAAUAAACUACCAUAAAUUCUAUUUUACUAGAGUAAUUCAUUUUGGGAUUUAGAAAUUAAAUCCCUGGUGACCACCAAAUUAAACUAUCCAAAUUAAAUAUUCAGUCCAACCAUAUAUAAAUUUAACAUUUCUCAGCUGGAUACUCUAGUGUAGAAACCAAAUUAAUAUUGGAGGAGGAUUCUGGAUGGACAUGUUGAGUAAGAACAGGGAUAAAUAUGAUGAGUCAAAAGACACCUCUUCCUGAGUUCAAAACUAGUCUCAGACACUUCCUAGCUAUGUGAUCCUGGUGAGUCAUUUCACCCCAUUUGCCUCAAUUUCCCCAUCUGUCAAAUGAGCUAGAGAAGGAAUGGUAAACCAUUGCAGUAUAUUUGCCAAGAAACCCCCCAAAAGGAUCAACUGGAAUAACUGAUCAACCACAGAAGUCUGAUCCAGGCAACCAUGGCUUCCUGUGAGCUAGGGUCUUUUGGGGGGGAUGGGGAUGGGGAAAGUUGAGAAAGGAGAAUGAGGCAAUGCAGUGGAAAUAGGACUAGAUGUGGGAUCAGGAAGACCUGGGUUCAAAUCUCUCUAGCUCUUAUGAGAUCUGUCAUCCUGGGCAAGUCAUUUAGCUUCUGUGUCUCAGUUUCCUCAUCUAUAAAAUAGGGGGGAGGGAUAGACACAAUAUUUUUAAAAGCAUUUAAUUUUAAGCUUUUUUUAUAAGCUUUUAUUAUUUACACAACUCUCACUUUCCAAAUUCCACUCCCAUAGAAAAUGCUCUCAUAAUAGAGAAAAGCAGUUAAGUAAGAGGUUCCUUCUGAUAGUUCAUGCAAUAUAUGCCUUCUGUCUUGGGAUCAAGACCAUGUACAUUGGUUCCAAAGCAGAAGAGUGGUAAGGGCUAGGCAAGGGGGGUUAAGUGACUUGCCCAGGGUCACACAGUUAGGAAGUAAACGCAGGACCUCCUGCCUCUGGACCUGGCUUUCAAUCCACUGAGCCACCUAGCUGUCCCCUGUCCAUGCAAUAUUCCAUUAAACCCCCAUAUUUCUACAGAAGAAGCAAGUGUAUUUUAUCAUCAAUCCCCUGAAUUCAAGAUUGAUCACUGCAGUUGAUGGGUGCUGUGGUCACUUACAUUAUUGUGGUCAUUAUGUCUAUUGUUCUCUUGCCUCUGUUUUCUUUGCUGUGUGUCAGUUCAUACAAACCUUCCUAAGUUUCUCUGAAUUCUUUUUCUUUGUCAUUUUUUAAAUUUCACAAAAAUAUUCCCAUCAGUUAGAAACGGGCUGCUUUUCCACUCUCCAACAACGGGGAGCCGAGUUAUUUCCGAUUUGGGUUACCACCAAAACUGAGGCUGUGAAUAUUUUAGACUAUGUGGCCAUUUCUUUGGAGUCUUUGACUUCCUUUGGCCCAGUAGUGCGAGUGCCAGGUCAAAGAAUAUGGAUAUUUCAGGUACUUUCCUCACCUAAUUUAAAAUUGUCUUCCAUGGCAAUUGGACAGUUCACAAUUCACCAACGAUGUAUUAGAAUUUUUGUCUUCCACACAGUCUCUGGGACCUCAGGGUUGAGGACAGGCUUCAAUCUCUCCUUCUUUCAGUAAUGCUCCCUUCCAAAUCUAAAUCCAAGAACCUAUGACCCUUUGAAAUAGUCGAAGCUACAGCAACCUUCUCACUGUGUGACAUACUUCCCCAAAGGAGGUUCUGUUUCCUUAACUGUCAAAAGAGAAAGUUAGAGGCAGGCCUAGAGUUGGGAGGACCUGGGUUCAAAUCUAGCCUCAGAUGCUUCCUAGCUAUGUGACCCUGGGUAAGUCACUUAACCCUGAUCACCAAGGCCUUUGCCUCUCAUCAGUCUUAGAAAUUAUAUUAAGACAGAAGGUAAGGGAUCAAAAAAUGAAAAUAAGAAGGAGGUGGUCAGACUCGAUGCUCAAGAUCACUUUUAGUUCUGACCUUUUGAGGGACAUAAAUAAAAAGGCCCGGGGAUAUAUAUAUUUUUUAAACCCUUACCUUCUGUCUUGGAACCAAUACUGUGUAUUGGUUCCAAGGCAGAAGAGUGGUAAGAGCUAGGCAAUGGGGGUCAAGUGACUUGCCCAGGGUCACACAGCUAGGAAGUGUCUGAGGCCACAUUUGAACCGAGGACCUCCUAUCUCUAGGCCUGGUUCUCAAUCCACUGAGCUACCCAGCUGCCCCCCUGGGAUAUUUUAGGAAGAGGAAGCCGGUAGAAGUCAGGCAACUAGUAUUGAUUCAGGAGCCACUGUGUGCUGGGCACUGCGUUAAGCACCGGUCUUUCUUUGAAGUCAUCUGGUUUUCUGUCUCCCAUCAAGUUAUGAGUUGGUCCAAGACAAAUUCCCCAGAGAUGCUGCUUUGUAGACAAUUCUCCUCUCUCAGAAGUUUUCUUGGCUUCGUAACCUGGCGAGCUCUUAGAGGCCAAUGAACACGCCCACAGAGCCUGGUCCCAUGCCAGGCACCAAGGAGCAAUUACCAAAUGCCAUCCAGCAGUGUCGAAACCCAAUGGUCUACAUCCCCAUCCCAGACUCAGGCAGGGGGAGCUCACUCCCACAGUAGUCAAAUGCUCUAAGACUGUAGGGCUGUGUGGGCAGGAAGCCCUGGGGUCCCCCCAUCUCAUCAGCCUCAGAGUGAGCUUAGUCACAGAUCAUUAGCGCGGAAGAGGACCUUAAUAGACUAUCUCUUCCAUCCCCCUCAUUCUACAGAGGAAGAAAUUGAGGCACAGACAGGGAAGUAAGACCUUCAGCCGAGGUCUUACUGUGGGAGCCUAAACCCCCCCAGUCCCAUGAUUCCUAGGGCAGUAUUCUCUUUUUCUAGACUCUACAUUCGCUAGAUGGCACCGUGAACAAAGAACACUGGGACAGAAGUCAGGAAGAACUGAGUUCAAAUCUUGAUCUCAGAUCCUUUUUUUAAAACUUAAAAAAUAUAUAUACGUAGAAAGAAUUUUUCUCAAUUGUUUUCUGACAUUUUGUGAUUCAGAUUAUUUCCCCACCUCCCCAAGGCAUGGAACAGUCUGUUCUCAGUUAUGCCAGUGCUGGAAUUCAAUGCAUCUUUCCAUAUUCCUCGUGCCGUGACAGAAGACACAUAGCCCACAAGCAAUAAACGAAUUCACGCAGGAAAUAAGCGAAGGAUGGCGUGCUUAGAUCUGCGCUCAGAUUCCAACAGGUCCUUCUUGGACUGUAGCUAGAACUCUUCACCGUUGAGUCCGAUGGGGUUAUUGUGGGACCCUGUUUUGCUGAUCAGAGUUUAAUCCUUCCCAGCUGACCAUCGUAUGCCAUUUCUGUUACUGUAUAGAGUGUUCUCCUGGUUCUGCUCACUUCACUUUACAUCAGUUCAAACAAGUCUUUCCAGGUUUUUCUGAACUCCUUCUCCUCAUUUCUUAUGGAGCACAGAGACUUAUGGUUUGAUCCCAGGAAAGGGAACUUCACUUCUCUCUGCCUUAACUCACUGGAGCAGGAAAUGGCAAGCCUCUCCAAUAUCUUUGCCAAGAAAACCCCAAAUGGGGCCACAAAGAGCUGGACAUGACUGAAAAUGACUGAAUAAGAACAAAAAUGGACACUAAGAUCCUUUCCUGCUCUAAAUCUAUGCUCCUGGGACACCACGGACCAGGAACUCUCCACAAAAUUGAAGGCAAAGGGCCACUGCUCCUAUCCCAGGCUCUAUUCCAGAUUCCAGAACAUGAAUUCACAGUCUGGCUUGGCCACUCGCUAACAGGGUGACCUUGGGUAAGUCACUUCUGUCCUGGAGACCUUGGUUUCCCCAUCUGUAAAAUAAGGGAGUUGACCCAGAUGGCUUCUGGGCUCCCUUCUACCUCCAGAUCCAGUAUUCUGCAUCCUCUUAAAAUUCUCAUCUUUUCCAUGGGAAGGAAACACUGAGCUUCCCUAUCUAAUUACACAUUCACAUGCAAAAUCCUGGCACCAAAGUCCCAAGCCACAAACAUACAAUUAUUGUAUAACAAUUCUGGAAGAUCACUGGGCAAGAACAUGGUUCACCAAGACUCUGACACAACUGGAGAACAACAGCAUUCCCUAAGGGCAGGAAUCCUGCCUUAUCUAAACAUAGACUUACCUCCUGUACGUAGCACAGCGUUCUACACACAGAAGGCAUCUAAUAAAUGCUGGCUGUACUAUUUUAGACUACUUGGAGAUCCAAGUCAGGCAGGAAUUCUUGACCAAGGAUCCAGAAUCUUUAAAAAGAUAUAUAUAUAUAUAUAUAUAUAUUUGGGGGCAGAUGGGUGGCUCAGUGGUCAGAGAACUAGGAUUAGAGAUGGGAGGUCUGGGUUCAAAUCUGGGUUCAGGAUACUUCCUAGCUGUGUGACCCUGGGCAAGUCACAACCCCAAUGACCACUCUUCUGCCUUGGAACCUAUACUUCGUAUUGUGAACUUUAAAAUUACCCCACCCUACUUAUACCGUACUUUAGGAGAUUUGAUUUAGCUACCUCCUGAUUGUAACAAUGGAGAUGCUUGGUCUUGUUAUGGUGAAAAUCACCCUUAAAGAUUGUUAUAAUAUUAAUUUAUGGUCGCCAAGGAAUUUACUUAUGAAAUUCCUAAAAUGAAACACUCAAGUCAGAAUGGAGUUUAUGGUGGUUUAAUCACAACGGGAGUAAGAAAAUGGAGAGGGAGAGAAGGAGAGGGAGAAAAGGGAAAAAGGUUAAUUCAACCUUCUGGCAGAGGAAGUUUAGGCCCGAAGGCCAAGGUAAAGAAGAGAUUCAGUUCUUGACUCACGUGACCGAUCUGAAGGAAAGCUGUCUGUGGGCCUCCUCCCUGUUCAAGCUCCUAGCACGGACUGGCACCUAGCUCUCUCCAUAGGAAGUGAGCGAAUUCCAGAGGCUGUUCUCUACCUCACUUCCUGUGCCUCACAAGUGCCAAUGGUGGCUCAAGCUUGGCUUAGGACAGCCCAGGUGCGCAGAUAGUUAUUUCUGAUUUGUCAUUGACUAGCACAUGCCCGUGUAGUGUGGGUGUGCACAAUCCUGGGUGCUAGACCAAGCAAGAUGGAGAUUUUAAAAUUCACAGUCUAACAGAAUCAGGAAUGUCUUGGGAACUUUACAUUGCUCCACCCUACUUAGUCUAACAAGGUCAGGAAUGUCUGCACCCAUACUUAAGGAUUAAGUAUCUAGGAGUAUGGCCUUUGAUAGACAUGUGCAGAAACAGCUGACAGACCCCUGGGCUGUCCUAAAUCAAGCUAAGCUACCAUUGGUAUAGAUAAGACACAGGAAAGUGACCUAAAACCAUCUAUAUAGGGCACGUCACUUCCUUUCUUCGGUCUCUCUUUCCCCGGAGAGGUGGCUCUGGCUGAUCACUUCCUGUGAGCAGGCCUGGGCACCAGUUCAAUAUUGGAACUCAAGCCUGGAGGAGCUCCCUCAGACAGCUUCCUUGAGAUGGUCUGGUGGUGAGUGAUAAGACUGACUUCCCUUUCCCUUGGCUCUCAGAGGAGGCCCCUUGGCCAAGGCCUUUAACUCCUGCCUAGCUCAGCCUGAGCCAGAGCAGUUUAACUUAACUCUUUCCUCUCCCUCUCUUCUCCUUAAUUUCUUCUCAAUAUAUUAAUUAAAACCAACAUAAUUUCCAGCUGACUUGGGUAUUUUAUUAUUUGGGAUAUCCCAUGGUGACCAAUAAUUAAUUUAGAUUUUAAGUCACAACGCUAAAAUUAUCCUUACAGUUUCAACUCUAAGACAGAAGGCAAGGGAUUAAAAAAAAAGAUUGCCAAAGGGAUCUACAACACCCUAAAAAGUGAGGAGCACCCAUUCUGGGGACAGCAUGUUUAGAAAUACUAUUUUCAUAUCAAGUAUUUAUUAUCUUUUCAGUGAAGAAUUUGUUUUGCUCCAUAUCAAAUUGAAUGGUCUCUUCCCUCUCCUUCCAUUGGCUGAAAUCUCCCUCAGGCCUGUGACCUUGUCACUCCUCCUUUCCCUAUCUGUGAAAUCAGGGAGAGGGAUGUUAUUGGGAAACCAAGCUAACAUCUUUUUUAGCCACAUUUCUCCACCCAGGGAAACUACAGAGCUGGGUCAGGUUUGUUUGAGGAAAGGGUAGGGGUGGUUUGAGUCUCUAGAGUUCUCUCGGGUCUGUGGCAGACCCUACCAGAGGAUAUCUAGCAUUGAGGUGGGAUUCAAACCCAGGUCCUGUGACUCCAGAGCCAGAGCUCUUUCCAUGGUACCACCCUGCCCUUCAUGAAUUCCCAGAACAAAACUACAAUUUCAGAACAACUAGAGAUAUUGCCUACAUGAGGCAGUGUGAUGUAGUGGGUAGAGAGUUAGCCUUGGAAUGAUAAGACUUGAGUUCAAAUCUUGCUCUGAAAACCAUCGUGGCUGGGUGACCCUGGAUAAAUCACUUAAACUUUCAGGACUGGGUCAAGGGAGUUAAACUCCAAUAGAAAUGGAUCUCUGCAGCUUCAUAUGGACUUUCUUGUUGCUGUUGUUGUUCAGUCAUGUCCAACUCUUUAUGAACCUAUUUGGGGUUUUCUUGGCAAAGGUUUUGGAGUGGUUUACUAUUUCUUUCACCAGGUUAUUUUACAGAUGAGGAAACUGAGGCGGACAGAUUAAGUGACUUGCCCAGGGUCACACAAAUAAAAUGUAUCUGAAACCAGAUUUGGAUUUACAUCUUCCUAACUCUGUUCCCUGAGGUCUGUCCACUAUGGCCACCUAGCUGUCCUGAAUAUGGACUUGGGAAACCACAAACUAACAUUAUCUCUGUUGCAUUGCAUUUUUACUUAUUUUGUUAAAGAUUUUCCAAUUACUUUUUAAUCUGGUUACAUGAUGAAUUUGAUACUUCUGCUUAAGACAAUUCUCUAAAACUACACAUUGAAGAAAGGGAAUUAACCUGCACUGGAGAGGGAGUUUCCUCAUUGGGAAUUCCCUGUACCAAAGAAAUCAUAGACUCACUCCUUCUCUGUAUCCUUAAAGAUCUUUCUAAAAGUGAAAGCAAUACUUAAAAUGUAAAUACUACAUUAAAAAAUGCAAACCUACUAA